GAUGCGCGCACGCACAGUGGACUUGACCCCGCCGGGUGGCGGUGGGAGGUGAAAGGUCGCACUGGUUUGUGGAGACAGCGGCGGGAGCGGGAGGUCGGGGGCCGGCGGACGCACCGAGUGUCAUGGUGACCGGCGACAGGAGCGGGCCGUGACUCGGAGCUGAGAGCCGCGGCGGCGGGAAAGGAGGCCAUGUUUGUGCAGGAGGAGAAGAUCUUCGCAGGGAAGGUGCUGAGGCUUCACAUCUGCACCAUGGAGGGGGCCGAGUGGCUGGAGGAGGUCACCGAGGAGACCAGCGUCGAGAGCAUCAAGGAGCGCUGCUUGAAGCACUGUGCACAAGGUGGAUUAGAAGAUCCAAAGACGAUAACACACCACAAACUCAUUCAUGCUACAUCAGAGAGGGUCCUAUCAGACACAAAGACGGUCAUUGAGGAGAACCUCCAGGAUAAAGAUGUUUUAUUAUUAAUUAAAAAGAGAGCACCUGCUCCUCCGAAGAUGGCCGAUGUGUCUGCUGAAGAAAAGAAGAAACAAGAGCAAAGGGCGCCAGAUAAAGAGGCCAUCAUGAAGAUAACAGCUCAACUUGUUGCUCAGCAAGCUGAUCGGGUGGUUACCCAGCACAACCUGCGAGAUUUUCAGACAGAACUACGGAAAAUCCUUGUUUCCCUAAUAGAAGUGGCACAGAAACUGCUAGCUCUAAAUCCAGAUGCUGUUGAAUUAUUUAAAAAGGCAAAUGCAAUGUUAGAUGAAGAUGAGGAGGACCGGGUGGAUGAGGCAGCACUACGCCAGCUGACUGAGAUGGGCUUCCCUGAGAGUCGAGCGGCAAAAGCACUGCGGCUGAAUCAUAUGUCUGUAACACAGGCUAUGGAGUGGCUAAUUGAGCAUGCAGAGGACCCAACAAUCGACGCACCGCUACCUGGGGAUGGGACAGCUGGAGGGCCAAGAGCAGCUGCAAAGAAUGCAAAGCCAGAAGCUGUCCAUGAAAUUGCCAAACAAGAUGAAUUGACUGACAUCUUUAAGAAAAUCAGGCGGAAACGAGAAUUUCGGCCAGAACCCAGAGCUAUGAUUGCUCUGAUGGAAAUGGGAUUUGAUGAAAAGGAGGUGAUAGAUGCUUUACGAGUUAACAAUAACCAACAAGAUGCUGCUUGUGAAUGGUUGCUGGGUGAUCGAAAGCCCUCCCCUGAGGAGUUAGAUAAAGGCAUUGACACUGAAAGUCCAUUAUUUCAAGCCAUCCUGGACAAUCCUGUUGUACAGCUGGGACUGAUUAAUCCUAAAACACUACUUGCAUUUGAAGAUAUGCUGGAAAAUCCUUUGAACAGCACUCAGUGGAUGAAUGAUCCUGAGACAGGUCCUGUGAUGUUGCAGAUUUCUAGAAUCUUCCAGACUAUGAAUCGCACAUAGGACAACUGCUGUGCCUUGACAGAAAAGCUCCCAGCUGUUCAUCUGCAGAAAAGGGUGCUAUCUCCUGAGAAGAGUGUUUAUUGGUGGAUUAUUCACUAGUGGACCCUGUUUGUACUUGAUAUGGGUAGAUUGCAACUACAUCCACUUAACUACUGUUGCCUUUGGAUCUAGUGCUUAACGGCCUUGAUUUGAAGCUUUUAAUUUAAAGUAAAUGCUGUUAGUAAAUUGCACAGAGUUUGAGACACAAAAGAGAACAUUUAUAUUAAAAAAAAGCAAACCCACUUUAGGGAAAAGGCAACAGUUUGUGUCUCGUGGUUUUUGGAUUUGAGAACAGCCAAAGAAUAAAGGGAAAAGGUGUGAUGUUCACUAAUUAAA